GUCACAAUGUUCCAAUUGGCUGAGAUACGUCACAUGGUUCGUAUCCCUCCGUGGCUCUUUGGCCAAACACUUAAUGAUGCAGUGGUGGAAGAGCUGAAUCGGAAACUUGCCAAUAAGGUGGUUUUGAAUGUCGGACUAUGUAUAGCUUUGUUUGAUGUGACAUCUUUGGGAGACUCGUACAUUUUCCCUGGUGAUGGAGCUUCACAUACACGUGUCACAUUUCGCUACGUUGUAUUUCGACCAUUCAUGGAAGAGAUCCUAGAGGGCACCAUCAAGUCUGCAGAUGCUGAUGGUCUCCAAGUAAGCCUUGGAUUCUAUGAGGAUGUUUAUAUCCGACGCGAUGCCAUGAUGACAAACUCUCACUUUGAUGAGACUGAUGGAACUUGGGUGUGGGAUUACCAGACUGAUGAUGAAACACAUCACCUUUUCAUGGAUAUUGGGGAAAAAGUACGCUUCAAAGUGAUAGCAGAGCAGUUUACAGAUACAACUCCAUCAGCACCUGGUAUGACUGAGGGAGAUGGUGCAGUAGCAGACAGGAAGGAAGGAAAAAUUCCUUACAUUGUAUUUGGGGCAAUCAAUGAUCAAGGCUUGGGGUUAGUGUCAUGGUGGACAAAUGCCAAUGGUGACCAAGGUGAUGAAGAGAGGGAGGAAGAAGAGGAAGAGGAGGCAUGACCACGGUAUCCACAGUGGGUAUCCACAUUUGCGUUAUGAGACCACUGCCCUUUUUGCAUGUUCUCAAAACUGCAAAAAUGACACUGAGAAAAAACCUGUGUUCACAUAUAGGUCUGUGAUCGUAUGAAUAGGUAUGAACACUUUUAACUGUGUCAAAAGUGUUAUAUAGUGUUUUUUUUUAUUUGUUGUUGUUGGUUAGGCAAAGUGAAAGUGAGGGAUUGUUGAGUGUGUAGAUUAGAUGAUGGCUUGGAAACUAUGGUGGUUACUGAAUUAUACACAUAACAGCAGAUUAUUUCACUGGAGCAACUAUGAUAUAACGUGCAAAUGCUAUUACAUAUGAUA